CUCAUCUUGGUCUUACCAGAACUCGUUCUCUCUAUCUGGCGGCCCUUUAUCCAUCGAUCACAGAGAAUCUCGUAGCUGUAGGUCACAAUGCCGACCGGCGAUAUCACUGUUUACGCCUUUCUCAUCGCUGCAGAAGGCAAAGCCGACGAACUCCUGGAAACGUUGAGCAAGGCUCAAGCGUAUGCUGAGUCGGACCAGGAGCCUGGCUGCUUACAAUAUCGCAUCAGUUAUGAUCCGAAAGACAAGCACAAAGUUUGUGUCUUCGAGGUUUAUAAGGAUCAAGCGGCACUCGAUUUCCACAUAGCCAGCGCGGUCUCCAAGAAUAAUGUCGCAUUUUACGCUGCCGGUGGUCUCGCCAGACCGCUUUCCGAGAUGGAUAUUCGCAUCCAUACAGAAUAUCGUCAGUGAAUCUGGGUGCUAGGAAAAUUCCAUGCUCGUCGAUUGUGGCAUCUGAGAAACUGUUGUCCGCCUUCCCAGGUUGCAGAUACGAUUGUGCAGUCUCCCAAUAGCUCUGCUUUUCUCCUUCGUGCUUUCGUUUCGUCCUGUAGUGCUCGCUUUCUCGGAUCUUUUGGUCGAUAUCUACGGAAGUUGUUGUAUUCUGUUACCCUAGACCAAUGUGCCCGCGUUCACCUGAGACCGUCUUGAC